AGAAUUGAGCUGUUCAUUUCUGAGAAGUGUUUAUUCAUUGUUGAUUCGUUACAUCAUGGUUAUUUCUGUAGAAGAAAAAGCUUGAGUAAGCAUUUAUUGGUUUCUCAGGAAAUAGAAUUUAAUCGCAAUUGUUCGAAUACGUAUUGUGGAAUGUACGUGUACAGUUAGUGUUGAAGAUGAAAAAUGUCUUCCCCAGGACCAGGGAAGGGGAAAAAGAAACGAAAAAAUAAGGGACGAGGCGCUGCUGGCAGAGGACGUGGCAGAGGACAAGAUUUAUCCACUCCUGGAAGACAAGAAGGUGCAGGAAAGCCUGUCGGUGAUGACGAAGUUGAAGGUGAAGGCGAAGAAAAGUCUGCUACAGGAGCAAGGUCCGUUCCUGAGCCUUCAAGCUCUACAAGAACUGAACAUGACGAACUGCCAGAGCCAGAGAUAGGGCGAGAGAGACCAAGAAAGACCGACACCAGAGCUAACGAGAUAGUAGGGGAAGGCGGUCGAGUUGCUCCUGCCGAGGCCAAUUCUACAGCAUUUGAUGAGCAACAAGAGCCAGGCUGUUCUGCUCCUAGGGCCAAGACCAAAUUAAAAGGAAAACAACAACAAGUUCCUGGUCCGAGCAAGUUAUCUACGUCAUCUCCUUCCUCUGGCACCAACGUUAAGGAACCUCAAAGUGUGGCAGCUGCCAACACCACUGCCUCUACUGUGUCUUCUACUGUGACUGCUGCUGCUGCUGCUGCCGAGGCAGCUAGUGUACCGGCUAGUUCUUCUGCUGCUGUUAAGACAGCUGGUGUCCCAACCACCACUGCUGAUGGUAAACAAGAUGUAGAAAAAUUAGCAACAGAGCUUGCCUCAAGCUUGACUGCAAAAGGUCGUCAAACACAAGGAAAUGGUGGACCACAUCCCCCUAAGAGACCAGGCUAUGGUACUGUAGGUCGCCCUAUAAGGUUAAGGGCAAACUUCUUCUGCCUCAAUAUUUCACCACAACUAUCAGAUCUCUACCACUAUGAUGUGGAGAUUACCCCAAACAAGUGUCCCCGAUCAGUGAAAAGAGAUGUUGUGAAUGAAAUCAUAAGGAGGUACAAAGAUACAACAUUCCAAGGUCACCACCCUGCUUUUGAUGGCGAGAAGAAUUUGUAUAGCAGAAUCAAACUUCCUCCAGCUGAACUUAGUGUCAAGUUGGCUGGUGAGGAUGGAGGAAAAGACAGGGAAUUUAAGGUUAAAAUCCAGUUUGCAGCAUCAGUUAGUCUCCUUGAAUUAAAUAACUUCCUGAGUGGUAAACAAAAUGGAAAAGUGCCUCAAGAUGCAGUUCAGGCAUUAGAUAUUGUCAUGCGGGAGAUGCCAUCAUCUUAUUACACACCUGUGGGGCGAUCAUUCUUCCCAUUUGAUGCCCAAGGGAGACCCCUGGGUGAGGGGUGUGAGGUGCGGUUUGGUUUCUAUUCAAGUGUUAGACAUUCUGAGUGGAAGGCUAUGCUGGUGAACAUUGACGUCUCUGCAAAAGGUUUUUACAAGGAACAACACGUCAUAGACUUCCUAUGUGAAACUCUUGGACGAGAUGUAACGCCUCAAAGUCUGGAAGACCGUAAUUUUCGGCUUGAUAAACAUAGACUUGAGAAGGCCAUACGUGGGAUCCGUAUACAAACUACUCACGCAGCCUCUAUCAAGAGAAAGUACACCGUGUGGGGAGUAUCAAGUACUUCUGCAGAAAAGCUACAGUUUGAGGUUGAGGACGGAACAACUGGUCGCAAAAGUAAAACAACUCUUGCAGAGUAUUUUAAGGAUACAUACAAGUUUCAUUUAAGGUAUUGUGCAGUUACUUUUUUAACUGGUGAAUUGCGAUAG